AUGGCUUGUCUUCACUGUUUGAAUAUUUCCUGCAUUGUUGUCUGCAUUUUCUCCCACUUUUUCAUCCCCUUUGCCCAUCCACUUUCCUUCAACAUUACUCAUUUUGAUCACCCGGGUGGCUCGAAAAUCGUCUACAACGGCGAUGCCACAGCUGCCGAUGGAGCAAUUGUGCUCAACAAAGACGACGAGAAUGGCGUGGGGACCGUGGGGUGGGCGACAUAUGCAGAUGGUGUGCAUCUAUGGGAGAACUGCUUAACUGGGAUUACUCAUAAGGCAGACUUCACUGCUCAUUUUUCUUUCACCAUUAACAAUGUUAAUGCUAGUGAUGGGGCUGGGGCUGGCCUGGCCUUCUUCAUGGCGCCUUUACACUAUACAAUUCCGCCCAACUCGGCCGGUAAAGAGUUGGGACUAUUCAAUACAACCACCAAGCUUGCCAUGUCCAAAAACCACAUUGUUGCAGUUGUGUUUGACACUUUCCCAAAUUCAACAGCGCCACAGGUUGGGAUCAAGGAGAACUCGGUCCGUUCAGUCGUCUCUGCGGAUUGGGAUGCUUACUCGCAUGCCGGAAAGAUGGCUAAUGUUUGGAUUACUUACAAUGCCACAACCAAUAACCUCAGUGUGUUCUGGACAUACGAGAAAAACCCUGUUUUUAAGGGUAACUCUUCUCUUUCUUGCCUUAUAGAUCUAAAAGAAGUUCUUUCUUCCAAGCGGGUAACCAUUGGUUUCUCAGGCACUACGAGCUCGAAGCUUGAGCGGCAUGUUAUUCAUUCAUGGGAUUUUCAGUCCAAUUCGGACUCCUUGGAGGUAAGCUGCAGUAGAAUAAGGAGGUUCAGGACAUGUUUUGUAACGUUUGUUGUAGGGUGUUCCUUGAGCUUGAUUAUUCUAGUGGGCAUCAUCAGUUGGUUUGUUCUGAGAAGGAGGAGAAACAGGAAUCACAGACAUGGAAAUGACGCGGAUUCCGACUCCUCUAUAAGUACAAAUCUUGAGAGAGGAGCGUUGCCUAGGAAAUUUUCUUACCUGGAACUAGUUGCAGGCACCAAUGGUUUUGCAAAUGAUAGGAGGCUAGGUCAGGGAGGGUCUGGCCAAGUCUACAAAGGAAGCUUGAGAGGCCUGGGCCGCCCGGUUGCUGUGAAGAGAAUCUUCACUGAAUCCAAACACUCCGAGUCUUUAUUCAUCAACGAGGUGAAGAUAAUUAGCCGUUUAAUACAUCGAAAUCUGGUUCAGUUCAUUGGUUGGUGUCACGAGCAAGGCGAAUUCUUGCUUGUCUAUGAGUACAUGCCUAAUGGCAGUCUCGACAAUCAUCUCUUUGGCCAUGGAGAAACCCUGCCAUGGAGUGCGAGAUACAAGAUAGCUUUAGGGUUGGCCUCAGCCCUUCAUUACCUCCACGAAGAAGCAGAGAAGUACUGUGUCCUCCACAGAGACAUCAAGUCAGCUAAUGUACUGUUGGACACAGAUUUCAGCACCAAGCUUGGUGAUUUUGGAGUUGCUGAGCUGGUUGACCCCCGGUCGAGGACUCAUACGACAGGUGUGGUCGGGACUUAUGGCUACUUGGCCCCAGAAUACGCAAAUGAAGGGAGGGCCAGCAAGGAAUCAGACAUGUUUAGUUUUGGAGUGGUGGCUUUGGAGAUUGCAUGUGGGAGGAGGACUUUCCACGAUGGGGAAUAUCAUGUGUCACUGGUGACAUGGGUUUGGGAGUUCUACCUAGCAGGGGAUCUUCUCCAAGCAGCUGAUGAGAGACUGAGCAUGAGCUUUUCCGAGGACCAGAUGAGAUGCUUGUUGAUUGUGGGGUUGUGGUGUACUAAUCCAAACUACAGGGAAAGGCCAAAGGCAGGGCAGGUAAUUAAGGUCCUUCAGCUUGAAGUGGCGCUGCCGGAGCUUCCACCAGACAUGCAUGAUCCUCUGCUUCAUCCACUCCUUAAAACCAAAGGAGAGCUCGGUUCCUUUCGGCCAUCCAUUACCUCAAGCCUCAAAGAUCUGGGGCGGUAA